UUGACAGAUCGGUUACUACUUUGUGAAUUGUGUCUGUAUAAAAUUGUUAAAUGAAAUAAAAAAGGAAGAUCCAAUACAGUAGGACUUCAAUCGUUUUGAGAAUGUCUGCAAUUGGUCCAGAGUUCUUUAAUUUCAUCAAAAAGUUAGAAGAUAAUGGUGAUAAACUGGUAGCAACUACACCUUUGGAGCAACCGAUUGAAUUCGAGUUUAAUAAUUCGACAUGUCACGUGUGUAACGGAUACUAUGGACCUAGUUUUGGGGAGCCUGUGUGUGUGACUUGUCAUGCGUUUUUGUUCCCUGAUUUCCCCUCAUAUUUGCCAAGUUCGUACUUCUACAGCGAGAAAACAGACGAUGGGGAUUCGGGGAAUGACGAACCGUCGGAUUUAAAUUAUAAUUCCGAUCGCAGGGCGAACAGAUCUUGUCCCUUACCUGCCUGGUGGUACUACAGAGUCAGCAAUAAUUCUUUAGACAGUGAAACCAGUCCGGAAGAUGAAGCAAGUCGCGCUAGCAAUUCAGGGCCUGGUGCAAGUGGGAGCGGUAGUGGGGGUAGUGCAGCAGGCCCCUCACCCUUCAGCAGGGAGGGGGCGGAAGAGCGCGCCGGGUUCGGGCCGCCGCCGCAGCCCCCGAGCUUGGCGCGGUCACUACAGGCCCUAUCUACGCCACGGCCUCCAGAUAAUUUGGCUCCUGGUAUCGUAGAGCAGUUACCUAGUGAAGUACUCCUGUGCAUCUUCAGCUACCUGGACGACCUGUCGCUGUGCGCGUGCGCGUGCGUGUGCGCGCGCUGGUGGCGGCUGGUGCGCGCGCGCGUGGCGCCGCCGCGCUGGGCCGCCUUCGCCGCGCGACGCUGGCCGCUGUUCCGGCCCUUCCUCGCUAACAUCGACUGGCAUAGGAAAUACCAGUCGCUGGUGGAGUCGUGUUUCUGCCGCAACUGCCUCGUGCAGAUGUGUGUGCAGGCGCAGCCGGCCGGCGAAGAGAACGCCUGGCGACGGAACCGUCUGAGGAUCGAGCUCAAGAUGAUGCGCAAUGACCCGCCGGAGGGCAUCGCGGCGACCCCGCUGGACCCCAAGUGCUGCCACUGGCAGGCCAGCGUCACGGGACCCGUGGGCUCGCCGUACGAGGGCGGAGUCUUCUAUCUCUACAUACAGGUGCCUUACUCGUACCCGAUGAGCCCGCCGGUGGUCCGCUUCCUGACCCGCAUCCUGCACCCGAACGUGUCCCGCCACGGCGACGUCGGCAUCGACUCCGUGCACCACAACUGGUCGCUCGCACUCACCAUCAGCAAAGUGCUCAUCUCCAUACAGAGUCUGCUCACCGACCCGUAUACUUCUGUUUGUAUGGAGCCAGAGCUGGGGCAGAUGUACGUUCGCGAUCGCGCGCGAUUCGAAUCGUUGGCGCGUCGGUGGACGUGGCGAUACGCUAUGCACGACAUACUGCCAUACUGAACACCUUCAUACAAGAACACUGAAUAUAAUGCGACUGGCUAUAAAAGGUACAAUGCAAGAAGGACUGACUUAAUAUCCAGUAAUGGAUUCAAACAAGCUGGAUUGGUGAACGUGUAAGACAAACGCGGACCGAGACGCCGCUGAGAAAAUGACUUUUUUGGUUCUGCGGUAGAAGAUAAACUUGAGUGUAACGAAAAGGUUAACACUUUAAAGCGAAGUUAAGAAACUUUGAACUGAAUAAGCAAGGAAUGUUAGAGCUUAGCGCUCAGAUUUUGGCUGUGUAGUUAUAAGCAGUGAAACAUCAGAAAAUGUCUUGAAAUUUUAUUAUGUAAUGUAACUGCAAUGUAAAAUGUAUCUUAAAUAAAAUAUUAUUAUACGUAAUUGAA